GGUGAAGCCCCAGCAUCAUGGAACUCCACCUUCCUCUGAUCCUCCCCCCCCCCUCCCCUCUCUUUGCUUCCAUCCCCCUCGCUCUUUCUGCGCCCCGUAUCGCUUUUCUCCAAUCCAUCACCCCCACAGCCUUCGCCAUGUCAACACCCUUUGACGUUGAGGCCAACUUGGCCCCGGCGGCCGCCCCUCAGCAGGAGGCGCCUGCCGAGAAGAAGAGCAACUCGCCGGCCAUCAUCCGCAACUCGAGCCAUCCGAUUGCCGUGAUCUUUCACCUGCUCUUCCGUGUGCUUUCCAUCCUGAGUUACCUGUUGUGCACCUUCAUCACGAAGAACUUCGUUCUGUCCUUCGUGUUGACGGUCAUCCUGCUGGCCUGCGACUUCUGGACGGUCAAAAACAUCACCGGUCGCUUGUUGGUCGGUCUGCGUUGGUGGAAUGAGGUCCGCGAGGAUGGCUCCACCGAGUGGAUCUUCGAGUCGCGCGAUCCCGCUACCUCUGGCCCGCCCAACAAGUCGGACUCCAUCGUCUUUUGGUAUGCGCUGUACCUGACGCCGGCGGUCUGGCUGCUACUGGCGAUUGCCUGUAUCUUCCAGUUCUCCUUCUCCUGGUUGGCAGUUGUCGCCGUGGCACUUGCCCUGUCCAUGGCCAAUGUCAUUGGAUACAUCAAGUGUGCUCGGGUGGCUAAGGCUCGGGCCAAGGCCGCUGGGUCUGGGUCGGUUGUGAGCGACCCUCUGGAUCAGGCCACCCAGAUGGCCACCGACAGCAUGGGCCGCAUGAUUGCCGACAACCUCUGGCAGCAGAUGAAGUCCAGCGCUCAGACUCCGGGCCAGUGAAAAUGCCACUCUCCACUGGCUCCCUCUCCCCUGCGCCCCUCCCCCCCCCCCAAAUAUCCACUAAACCGAAACAAAUUAUUCCUCCA